AUGCCGGGAUUGUUACGACUGGUUUUAUUAGCGGCGUCUACAUUGUUUGGGAUUGCACGUUCAGCGCCAACGAAGGAAGAGCAUGGCCAUCCGCACUCGUCUCUCCCAGGAGGACGCUACGGAGUGACCAUCAUCGUCGUCGUCUCAAUCGUGGGCAUAACUGUCCUGUGCGCCACCUUCUGCUGUCUGCGAAGCUAUCUACGCACACCAUCGUACGACAAAGUCGCCGCCCAGAAGGACCUCGAGAACCUAAGACGGGAGGCUGCGAUAGCGAGCGCUGCGAGCUGGCGAGCGAGCGGCGGCAGGCCGCUGUCCUUAUCGGUGCGCGGCGACAUACCCCAUCUACCUCCUCCCGCGUAUGAUCCGCGUGCCUCGGAGCAGUCCAGCGAGCGAGGGCCAUCACCGUCCCCGUUGAAGAUGGCCGAAUCGACGAGACAGCAAGACUCGGACGACGGGUCGAUGCCGCACCCGCUGCAUGUGCCCAGCAAGUCUCAGUACACGAUCAGGUUCGAUACAAAAAAAGAUGGCCCUCAGGCGUUCUAG